AUUAACAACUUAAGAACGAACAAAGGGGACGGCAAUUUCUGCGCAGACAGCUGAUUCAUCCAAAAUAACUACAGGUAGUAUACUUCUUUUUAAUAUAUAACAGUUGAUUCAGUCAAGACAACAUAUGUCCUUGGUGGCAAGUUCUUUAUGGAUCUAUCAAGGCAUGGACCAUGUCAUGUUUAGGAUGUGUAGUCUGCCUGCACGUCUGAAGAUGUUCUGGUGAGCCCAGAUGAAUGAAACAUUGCUAUUUGGCUAAAAAAUUAUAUUUUUUUUGUUGCUUCCAACUGUCCUUCUGGACCUGGACAAGCUAGUUGCAGAAGAUUGUGAUAUUGUUCAGAAAAUCUGAGCAAACCACCUGCUAUCGGAGUACGGAAGGGGUUGGUUUUUGUUAUGUCCUGAUGAAAAAUGGGCAUAAAGUUCAGAGAACAUAUGCAAUGGUUAAGUUUUUUCUUCUUGGACAAAAAUGCAGCAGUAAACUAUAUAUGCUCAAAUUAUGCCCCAAAUUAUGCACCAGAUAUUCCCAGUCAGCAAUCUUGAUUAUGUGAGCACUCUUUAACCUAUUAUUUAAAUGAAAUCAUCCUGAUCUCAUUAAGCCAUCAUAUCAGGAGGCAAAAAUGUGUUUAAUUGGUAGGGUUAGGGGAAUCUGAAGUAAGAUCCUAGGCAGUAGUUUUGUUUUCUUGACUCUUACAAAAUUCGUUGAUGAAAACAAAGAUGGUUACAGCAGCAAAAGAUCCAUGCUUUGUAUUUUACAGUGGUGCAGCUUACAGUCAAUAAAUUCAAGUGCCACAUGUCGCUUCAAACAAAAAGUAUUGCGUAACAGCUUGAUGGUUGCCAUGCUGUGCCAGCAAAAAUAGUUCCAACUGAGAACGGCAACUGCUAAGGCUGAUACAUCAUGCUCAUGUUCAUUUAGGGAAAUAACUAAUGUUAUCUGGUUUCAUGCUGUAGCAGCUCAACAUAUAAACCUUGAGAGUAACAGGGUUUUGUCCUACCUUGUAUCUGGAACCAAGCUAUCGGUUACUAUAUAUCACUUGUCUUUCUGCUACUCUUCUGCAAACUAGUGCAAGACUCACAAGAACAAAGGCAUUAUGGAAGAAAAGGACUGCCCCGUCGAAUCCUUCAAACACGAGGAUGACAAGAAAAGCACACCACCAGAAAUAGCAGUUGCUGAUGAACCGUUCCCAUUCUUCGGCCUGCUUUGCUACGCCGAUGCGCUAGAUUGGCUGCUCAUGGUAUCAGGGACAAUUGGGUCCUUCGUACACGGCAUGGCACCUGCAAUGUCAUAUUACAUACUUGGCAAAGCUGUCGAUAUGUUUGGGGACAACAUAGGCAAUCGGGAGGCAAUUGUCCAUCAACUUACUAAGUUACUUCCAUAUAUGUGGUCCUUGGCAAUUAUUACACUUCCUGCUGGAAUGAUUGAAAUUACAUGUUGGAUGUACACAAGUCAGAGACAAAUGACACGCAUGCAGAUGGCAUAUCUGGGAUCAGUACUCAGUCAAGAUGUCGGAGCUUUUGACACCGACUUAACCACCGCGAACAUCAUGGCCGGAACAACUAAUCACAUGAGCGUCAUAAAAGAUGCAAUUGGAGAGAAGAUGGGUCACUUUAUUUCUAAUUUCUCCACAUUCCUAGUCGCUGUCAUUGUUGCUUUUGUGUGCUGCUGGGAGGUGGGUAUGCUCUCUGUGUUAGUUGUUCCGAUGCUUCUUGUGGUUGGAGCAACAUAUGCUAAAACAAUGAUUGGCAUGUCGAUGACAAGGAUAGCUUUGGUCUCUGAAACAACCACUGUUGUGGAACAGACUCUUUCACAUAUCAAGACUGUCUUCUCAUUUGUUGGAGAAAACUCGGCGAUGAAAUCCUUUGUGAAAUGCAUGGACAAGCAAUACAAGUUAAGCAAGAAAGAGGCAUUCAUAAAAGGACUAGGUUUGGGAAUGUUACAGAUUGUAACUUUCUGUUCGUACUCACUGACAAUCUAUGUUGGAGCAGUAGCAGUAACUAGAAGAUCCGCGAAAGCGGGUGAGACAAUUGCGGCUGUUAUUAACAUCCUCUCCGGUGCAAUAUAUCUCUCAAAUGCAGCUCCAGACCUUCAGAUCUUCAGUCAAGCAAAAGCUGCUGGUAAAGAAGUGUUUAAGGUUAUCAAAAGAAAUCCAGUGAUAAGUUCUGGAUCAAAUGGAAGAAUAUUGGAGAAGGUCAUUGGUGACAUUGAAAUACGAGAGGUGCAUUUCACAUAUCCAUCCCGUGAAGAUAAUCCAAUUCUCCAAGGUUUCUCACUGGCUGUACCGGCAGGCAAAAUUGUGGCUCUUGUCGGGAGUAGUGGAUGUGGGAAGAGCACUGUGAUUUCUUUGGUUCAGAGGUUCUACGACGCUAUGUCAGGUGACAUAUUAAUUGACGGUCAAAACAUGAAGGAACUUGAUCUGAAGUCCCUGAGGAGAAAUAUAGGUUCAGUGUCUCAAGAACCAUCACUCUUUUCUGGUACUAUUUCUGAUAAUUUGAGAAUUGGCAAAAUGAGUGCAACUGAUGAAGAGGUCACUGAAGCAGCAAAAACAGCUAAUGUGCACACCUUUAUUUCCAAACUUCCAAACCAAUACUCAACUGAGGUAAGACUUAUGUUCACAAAGCAAGGACAGUGAAAACUUCACAAACCUCUCUUUUAUUCUAGUAUGUUCUAAGUAAAAUUAUUGAGUUUAAUAGCUCCCUGGCUGGCCGGCCA